AAAAAAGGAAACAUUUGCCGGACAGAGGAAAGUGAGAAAGCAGAAGCAAUCGUGAGAGACUCUCGAGUCUUCGUGAGUCACUCCUCUCCUCUCCUCACAUAUCUUCGCUUCGCUGGGGCGAUAGGUAGAUAUAUACUUAGAGAGAGACACAGACACAACAACAACAACAACGUCCAAUUCGUCUUUGAUUACCUUGUUUUAGGGUUUUUGCUUUCGUUUUUUUUUUCUCUCCAGCGGAUUCUUCACACAAUGCAUAAGCUGAGCAGAAGCAACCGCGAUAAACUUCAGCAGUUCGUGGCUAUCACAGGAGCUAGUGAGAAGAAUGCUCUUCAGGCUCUUAAAGCCAGCGAUUGGCACCUCGAAGCAGCGUUUGAUGUGUUUUACAGCCAGCCCCAGCCAAGAAGCAAUGCUGAUAUGAGACGCUUAGAGGAGCUCUACAAUAGAUAUAAAGACCCAUACUCUGAUAUGAUUCUAGCGGAUGGUAUCUCGGUGCUGUGUAAUGAUCUUCAGGUGGAACCCCAAGACAUUGUCACGUUGGUUCUUUCGUGGCAUAUGAAUGCUGCCACAGCAUGUGAAUUUUCGAAGGAAGAAUUUGUUGGUGGAUUACAGGCAUUAGGAGUAGAUUCCAUUGUGAAGUUGCAGGAAAAACUGUCAUUUAUGCGCUCUGAGCUUAAAGAUGAACAAAAGUUCCAUGAAAUAUACAACUUUGCUUUUGGAUGGGCGAAAGAGAAGGGGCAGAAGUCUCUUGCUUUAGAUACAGCGAUUGGGAUGUGGCAGUUGCUCUUUGCAGAAAGAGAGUGGCCACUGGUAAAUCACUGGUGUGAUUUCUUGCAGGAUCGUCAUAACAAGGCCAUAUCUAAGGACACAUGGGCACAGCUCCUGGAAUUUGCGAGGACGGUGAAUCCGAUGCUGUCGAAUUACGAUGCAGAAGGAGCAUGGCCUUACCUCAUCGAUGAAUUUGUUGAGUAUUUGUAUGACAAGAGCGUGGUCGAGAAGUCACCAGCCAACUGGGAGAAGUAGCCAGCUCUAUUUUACAAUGUUCCUGACUUGUGUUUCUUGUCACAAUCUUCAUAUUGAUGAUCAAAUAAUUAAGCUUUCCAACUUUCAGACUUAUCAAGUUUUUUUAGCGUAAUGAGUCCAACGAUUGCU